AUGCUCCCGGCCUUGCUGCUGCCUGAUCCAGAAGCACUUGCUGACCAUUCCUCCCCUGGCUCCCCUCAGGCCUGUACUGCCGAGACCCUCGAGUUACACAGCUACGGCAUGUUACUGGGCUGUGGGGAGGAACUCUUCCGAGGGGUGGAGUAUGUCUGCUGCCCAUCCCGAUUCCAGGGAGCCGGGUUCGAGGAUGUGAUGGUACCCGUGUCGAUGGAUGAGGAGGAUGAAGGGGACCGAGAUAACAGUCAACCCAAGGACAGGUCUCAGGAAGAGCAGCACAGCCACCAGCCUGAGCUCAAGGAGGAAGACCAAGGGGUGGUCUAUCAGACUGACAGUAAACACUGGGAUGACUACAGGGACAUGGGCUACCACGAGGCGGAGUUCUACGACGAAGCUGUGACCGAGACCACCACCACCACCACCACAACGACCACCACCACUGAGGGCAUCUCUGAGGGCAUCCGAGGGUCACCAUCUCCCGAGCCAACUUACUUCCCGGAUUACUUUAGAAACAGAGAGGUCGUCGAACACGCUAACUACCUGGAUGACCUGGCACAGCUUGAUGCCCGCAGGAAUGAACGCAUCAAUGAGGUGAUGAAGGAAUGGGCUGCAGCUGAUCGUCGGUUACUCUUGGUUCAGAAACCGGACAGAAUCUCCCUGAACAAGGUUCGACCAAAUCGUCAAAGAAUCUGA